GAGGAGGAGGAGGAGGGGAAAUCAAAAAAAAAUGCAGGAAGCAUUUGCAAACUUUUGAUAUAAAUCAGAGAGAGAAAAUAAUAUCCGCGAUGAGCGUCGGCACCAAUGAGAUGAGGCACUGUGGUGUUUGAAGGUUGGUUCACAUGGACCUGUGAACUGACUGAAGCUGAGAGAGAGGGAGAGAGAGAGAGGGAGAGGGAGAGAGAGGAGGGGCUGUGAGCUAUCUCACCCACCUUUAACCCUCACCGAGGGAGCCUUGCGAAUGGACAGUCACCAGAGGAGAGAAGGCGUUUCAGUGGAAGGAUUUGGAGGUCUGACGCUGGGAGCAUGUUUGUCCUCACCCGCAGGGCUGUGUUUGGAUGCCUAACCCUCACCUGCCUCACCCUUUUAUCUCUUGCAAUAUGUCUGCUGGUUGGACAUAGCACUGACUGGUUGCCAGACAGAUUCCGACGUCAGCUACGGUUUGCCAACGCGUGGAGCGAGUGGCAGAGCUGGUCCCCGUGCUCCAGGAGCUGUGGGGGAGGAGCAGCCACCAGGACUCGGAGUUGCAUCAUCAGGAACCCCAUUGCAGAGACUUGUACUGGGACCCAGCGACAAUAUAAGAUCUGCAGUACUGAGGACUGUCCCCAUGGAGUGCUGGAUUUCCGGGAGAUGCAAUGCACUGUGUACAAUGGCCAGUCUGUGCUUAGAAACCAAGAUAUACAUUUUGAAUGGGUUCCUUUUUAUGGAGGUGUCAGCCCAUGUGAGCUCAAUUGUUUAGCAAAAGGUCAGAACUUUUACUACAGUUUUGGUCGAGUCCUGGAUGGAACCGAAUGCCAUCCGGACUCGAAGGAUGUCUGCAUCAAUGGAAAAUGCCUGAAAAUUGGCUGUGACCAGAUUCUGGGCUCGGAGGAGAAGGAGGACGUGUGCCGGGUGUGUGGGGGCCACAACAACACAUGCCAACACUACCACAGUAUCUACGUGACCCAACUCCACAACCCUGGCUCCUUUGGAUACAAUGAGGUAACAAUGAUCCCAGCUGGUGCUACGUACAUCAAAGUGACUGACAACAGCAAGAAUUAUCUGGCACUGAGGAAUGGAAGUUACAAAUAUGUCAUCAAUGGUGAUUGGGUGAUUAGCUGGCCGGGAACCUAUCCAGUGGCAGGAACCAAAGUGCAUUACAGACGAUCCGCAGAUAACAAGGAGAGUUUUGAAGCGAUGGGCCCUACCAAAGAGGAUUUGCAUAUAAUGGUUCUGUUUACGGAAAACAGUUCCGGCAUUGAGUAUGAAUAUUGGCUUCCCAAUGAUCGUUACAACUUGUAUCACCGCGACAGUAACUCCCUCCGCGAGCACCAGCGAGUGAUCAUUGACGCACCCCAGUCCUUUACGCAUGCACCAUGGAAACCAUCAACCACAACAGUACGGAGCCCCACUGUCCAGAACCGCUAUGACCCAGGCUCUCGCCGGGAAGCCUGGCCACACGUGAAUUACCUGCCAGAGGAUCCCAAACCAGAUAACUGUGGCAAGUGUAGGAAAGUGCGAGGCAAGUCCAAUCGUCUCCGGCAAUUCUGUGCAAAAGAUUUUGUGUUCCGCGGCAGGAUUAUUGGUAAGCGAGCCAUUGGGAUGGAGACCCGCUACGAUAUUCAAGUGCUGACGAACUACAAGAACAACUUCUCCAUCCUGAGGAGGGAAUAUCUGUGGGUGCCCAACAUCUGCGACUGCCCCGAACUCCUGGAGAAACAGGAAUACAUAAUAAUGGCCCGGAGGCACGUGAACUAUGAGCGGACUCUCAACAGGAUACUGCUGGAGACAGACAGUUUCGUCCGUCUGUACAGGUCCAAAGAGGAAAAGCUGCUGAAGGGCCUGGGCAAGGAGUGCAAGAAGUUUUAUAGCCAGCGUAAGGGAGAGGCAGACAGAUAGUCAACAAGCCAAUCUGCUACAGUCCACAGAGGUGUAAAGUCAUCUUGCCCCCAACUGAAUGACUCUUCUGUUUCCGUGUAAACUCAAAGCAGAAAAAAAUGUCCAUUUUAUUUCAGUUGUUUCCGAGAAACUGAUGCUGAUUUUUUUUACUCAUUCGCAGUAUGUGGGCAACUCUGGCGGGGUCAGCAUUUUUUGCCCUGAGAAGGUGGUGGCCCUUCGCUUUCAUGUUUGUUAAAGGUCUGCAGCACCUUGAGGCAUCUAUGCACGUUAGAGCAAGUGUGGAAACGGUCUUAGGUGAUUUUCACUCUGGGUCUCUGUUCACAGUUUCACUAAGGCAGGUAGUGUGACUCCAACAACAACAACUUGGAUUUAUGUAGCUCCCUCCACGC